CAGCUCAACCACCCACUCUUUAAAAUAUGCGCAAUCGCCGUCUAUCUAAACACCACAAAACCGGCUUCGGUUCUGUUGAAUUUCAUUUCCCACGAUACUUCGUCCGCAGCUUGUCGAACGUCAGCGUAGCCAGCAUAGGCCAGUGCUUGGGAGAUUAGUUUGGUCAGAGUGUGAAUGUUGCCGAUCCGUAGCAACUCCCUCGUUUCGGCAUUGUUUUUCGGUAUUGUUUAAGUUAUGUGACGAAUACGCAUUGGUAGCCGGAACACUGCUGGAAUGUAGUAUUAAAACAUUGAAGUCGCAGUAAUUAUAGUGCGAUUCAAGUGGACCAACCAAGUGAUGCACCAAACUGUUGGAAGCUGUGCUCGGGAAAAGUUAUCAAUGGGCUUUGUAAUCAUCUCUAAACCCUUCAUUCCGUCGCUCUGCUGAGAUCUGCUCUCGUUUCGUGACUAUUCCUAGUGAUCUUCUAGAAGAAAAGAAGAAAAAAAUACGAACAUUAACGCCCAAAAGAACCCGCCCGUGGAGCACGAUAUACAUCCAUUCAUCGUGAAAAGAAUCGCGUGGCUACGAUUACACUCGAACCAUUCUGGUGAGCGCGCCAAUAGGCCACGUGUACCGGAGAGAAUUGAAAGUAAAACUUGACCACCUGAUGAGCUAGGCGCCUCGGGCGAAAACACAUUGUGGCGUAUUUCCCGAAGCAAUCUGAAGAACAGUAACAACCCGCACGCCUUCCUAUCUGCCCCCGUGCCUAAUUCCUAAUUCGAUCUCGUCCACGACACAGUGACGACGAAAGAGCUGAUAAAUAGUAAAACGGCGAAAGGUGAAUGAAUCUGUGGCUGAGUUAGCGUGCACGCGGCCACAUCGGACACAGCGGUGGACUCGGGUGUCGUGGGACGGUCCUCAGCAUUUUCGUCGCCGUUUCAGAGAGGGUGUCCGAAAAGAUUUCUCCUGCGUCGGUGGUGAAGUGGCUGUGGUUACGGUGCAGACGGUUCAGAGAUUACGUAUAGCUCCAGAAACACAAAGUCUCAGCCCUGUCCAGUGCUAACCUGUUUUCAAUCGUAUUCCACCAUUUGCGGGUGAACGUGCGUAUGCGCGCUAGCAUUGCCGUUCGUCAGAUCGUGCGAAGAAGGUCCACCAGUGGUUGCUACGGAGAUAGAGCGUGAUAAUUGAUGAGAUAGUGUUUGGAGAUUCGUAGAAACGAUUUGAACCUUUUUUGUGAUGCCACAAUACGCCUUAUACAUCGUUUGUUGAAUGCGAUCGUCGAUUGAUUGUUGCCCCAUUCGGGAGUCUGUGAUUUUGAACAUCCAAGCAAGCAUUGUCAGUGUAACCAUGGUGUCGAACGUGUGAUCAUCAUUACAAGCGUGGUAUCGUGAUCCAGGGAAAACAAUCACCUGUUUGCGAGUGAAAGAAAGUUCGAAAUAAUCCAUUUGUUCCGAAGAAAACGAUUGACUAAACCGAACCUUAAAAAUGGAAACAAAUUUAGUGCGCGUGCUGGAGGGACAGUAUCUGGAUGAGUUAACAAGCGAGUUGUGCGAUUUUACGCUGGAAGAACAAAAUGCGGCCACCGAAGCGCAAGGCGUGAAACCGCUGGCCUCGUCAGAUUACAUACCGAUCGUCGGCAAAACGGUCACGUAUGUCGUAGCCUGCGUGAUCGUAAACGACAGCAACGAGGUGCUGAUGAUGCAGGAAGCAAAAGAAUCGUGUGCUGGCAAGUGGUACUUACCGGCCGGCCGUAUGGAACCGGGUGAAACGAUCAUCGAGGCGGGCGUAAGGGAAGUGCUGGAAGAAACGGGCCUAAAGGUGGAAAUCACUACACUGCUAGCGGUGGAAACCGCCGGUGGAUCGUGGUUUCGUUUUGUGCUCACCGGCAACGUGAUCGGUGGUGAACUGAAAACACCUUCCCAAGCCGACCAGGAAUCGAUUCAGGCCAAAUGGUGCCAAAAUCUGAACGAAUUGUCGCUGCGGGCGAACGAUAUUUUGCCGGUGGUGGAAUUGGCCCGCAAUUAUCGCAAACGUGUACCAAAAGAUCCCAACUGGCAUCGGGAGAUACUGCCCGCGCGAAAGGCACACUAUAAGAACUAUCUGCGGGUAGUGGUAGCGAUCAAGAACAAAACCACAAACCAAGUGUACGUGUUACUGAGCGAGAAGACGGCUUACCACUUUCCGACGGUUGAAAUUCAUCCCGGUCGCAGUAUUCAUUCCACGCUGAAGAAGUUUAUGAUCGAGCUGUUCGGUGCGGAUCUGCCCCAGCAUCGACCACACGGUGUGCUUAGUGUGGAGCACCAUACGAGCGAUGGGCAGGCAAAUCCAACCGAUGGUCUUUGUCUUACGGUGCUGGUCAUCUGUCGACCAUCGAUUGAAUCGGUUUCACUGAUUGGAAAAUGCAUCUGGCACGAGCUGAGCAAGGAUCUUAGCGCGCGGCUUGCAAUGGCGGUUGCCGGCAAAAAUGCCACCUUUCAGCUGCACGUGGUUCGAUAGUUGGGGAUGGUUACGAUUGAAUGUACAUUGCUUUUACUAUGGGGAAAUGGUCGACUAAUUUCUUAAGCAACACUUUUCAACCGUCGUUCAAGCAAAUCCACGCAAAAUACUCUAUAGGUUGGAGAGAUAUUCGUUAGAUUUAUGGAACAGUUCCUCAAACAAUUGGUUUCUACGAGGAAAGUGUUAUUUGAACAUUGAACAAGUAUUUUAACUUUAUGUUUUACGAUAAAAAGCCAAACACAAUAAGAGCAUACCUUUAACGAAUUAACAUGAAAAUGGCAAUUUCGCCGCUACCAUAUACAAUUGGUACCAUUUUUUAAAGAUGAAAUUGAAAAUUGUUGAAUAAAAGUAUUUAUUAAGUCAUAAAUGAAGAA